AUGAGUCAAAACAUCAUUCAUAAUUCUCUUGAUGAUAGUAAAGGUAACAUUUGGCUUUUUUGGAACUGUUCUAUUACACCUCCAGAAGUAAUAGCUACUUCAAAACAAUGCAUUACUGUUGAAGUUGGUGGAGUUUUAUUUACUGGAAUUCAUGAUACAGUCAAUAGAAGGGAACUCCGGCAAGAUCUCUGUGACAUUAGUUUACUAAACAAACCAUGGUUGAUUUUGGGUGAUUUUAAUUCUGUUCUAUCUGUGGAUGAAAAAAAAAGAGUGAGAACAAAAAGAAUUCUCUGCAAUUUAGACAGAGCUUUCUUUAAUUUGAAGUGGCUUGAAACUUUUAACGGUUGGCACUAUAAAGUAGGAUCUAGAGGUAUUUCUGACCAUGGCCCUAUUAUUGGAUCAAAUACUGUGAUUCCUAGAGCUCUCAAUACUCCUUUUAGAUUCCAGAGAAUGUGGCUUUCUCAUCCUUCUUUUAUGCAAGUGAUUAUUGAUUCUUGGAGUGAAGAAAUUUCAAGCAAUCCUAUUUAUAUCUUCAUGAAUAAGCUGAAGAGACUCAAAAAGAUUUUAAAAGCUUGGAACUGGGAGGUUUUUGGUGAUGUCAAAGCUAACUUAGCAAAAGCUGAAGAAAAAAUUAGAGAAUCAAUCUUUGAUGUUGUUCCUCAGGUUAUUACAUAUGAAGAUAACUCCCUUCUUGAUGGUCUUCUAGAUGAAAAUGAAAUUAAAAGUGCAAUCUUUGAUCUCAAUCAAGACAGUGCUCCAGGACCAGAUGGAUUUACUGGAAUUUUCUAUAGAGCUGCUUGGGAUACUAUAAAAAAGGAUCUGGUGGAAUCUAUUCAUUACUGUUGGAAGAACAACAUAAUACCCAUUGGUAUGAAUUCUAACUUUCUUGUCUUAAUUCCAAAAAUUAAGGGUGCUAAGUGUGCAAAAAAUUUUAGACCCAUUAGCCUCAGUAAUUUCUGCUUUAAAAUCAUUACAAAGAUUAUUACUAUGAGACUUACCACUAUGCUUCAUAAAGUCAUUUCUCCACAACAAAGUGCAUUUGUAAAAAAUAGGAACAUUCAUGAUCAGAUUCUCCUAGCAUCUGAGCUUGUUAAUGAAAUGACCACUAAAAGAAGAGGAGGUAACUUAGCUCUUAAAUUAGAUAUUUCACAAGCAUAUGAUACCAUGAGCUUGGAAUUCUUGUAUAGAGCUAUGAAGAAGUUUGGUUUUUCUGCUAUGUUCUGUAAAUGGAUUUUGGUUUUACUCAAAUCUUCCAAGAUCUCAAUUAUGUUAAAUGAAGGGCCUAUUGGAUUCUUUGGUGUUGGAAGAGGUCUUAAACAAGGUGAUCCACUUUCACCUAUUCAUUUUAUAAUUGCUGAAGACAUUCUUAGUAGAAAUAUUCACUAUAUGAUCCUUAAGAAGAAAAUUCAGCCUAUGAUAGUUAGAAAUGGUAUGCAUCCUUCCCAUUUAUUAUUUGCAGAUGAUAUUCUUCUAUUUUACAAUGGUGGUAUGAGAAAUAUUACAAAUCUGAGAGCUUUACUAGUUGAAUACCAAGCUGCAACUGGUCAAGUCAUUAAUACUGCAAAGAGUAAGCUCUUUAUCAAUGGUACUUCUGACUCAAGGAAAAGACAGAUUGUUGACUUCCUUCAAAUGGAUUUAUCUACCUUUCCUGAUAGAUACUUAGGAGUGAUGCUGGUGCAAGGGAGGGUUAAAUCUUGUCAUUUAUGGCACAUUGUGGAUUAUAUGCACAACAGAUUUGCUGCUUGGAGUGAAAAAUUCUUAAAUUUCCAGGCAAGAUUAACCUUGGUAAAACAUGUUUUAUGCAGCAUUCCUAUUUACAAUAUGUCAAUUUAUAAAUGGCUAAGGAAGAUUAUUGAUGCUUGUGAAAGAAUAAUCAGAAAUUAUUUGUGGUCUCGUAAUGUAGAAGAUCAAAAAUGUGUUACUCUAAAGUGGGAGAAUGUUUGUACUUCAAAAGAAGAGGGUGGCCUUGGUAUAAGGAAUCUUGAAUACCUGAACAAACCCUUUCUUAUGAAAUUUUUAUGGAGAAUGAAGAAAUCAAAUGAGGAAUGUGAUAAAUUUUUCCUUUAUAAAUAUACUGACAAGAAUGGAAAUUGGAUCACUUAUUACAAGAAAUCCUCUGUUUGGCCUGGUAUCAGAUGGGUGAUUAAAGAAUUUGAUGAAAAUACUCGAUGGAUAGUGGGUACUGGUGAGAAAAUAUCUUUGUGGAAUGACAGCUGGAUCUAUGAAGAACCUAUCAUUAAGUUAUUCCCUAACCAUCCUUUCAUAGCCUCAUACCCAUUCUUAAAAUUCAAUACUUUAAUUGUCAAUGGCCAAUGGUGCAUCCCUGCCGAUUUCUUACAAUUUUUCAAUCACCAUCAAUUGCUUAUUCUUGAUGAAGGAGAUGACAUUUUAGUUUGGUGUAAUAGCCAUUCUGGUUGUUUUACUGUCUCAGAAGCUAUGAAGAAAAUAAGCUCUCCAAAACCUAAACUGUACUGGUACAAGAAAAUUUGGGCUGAUGUAGUUCCACCUUCUACUGCUGCUAAUAUUUGGAAGAUUACCAGAGAGGUCUGCCCCAGUGAAGAAAAUCUGGAAAAAAGAAAGAAAGAGGAUUUCAAUUUGCUUCAAGAUGUUUACUCUGCCACAAUGAGGAAGACUCCAUGA